AUGGAUGAGAUUAAGAGAAUACUCAAACAAAAAGAAGACAGCUAUAAAGUACUGAAUGUUUCAGCGGGCAGUUCAAAGGAAGAAAUAAGAAAGAGCUACAAAAAAUUAGCAAUAAAGAUACACCCUGAUAGAAACUCCCACCCGAAUGCGUCUGAAGCAUUUAUUGUACUGCAGAAUGCGUAUGAAGACCUAACAGAAGGAAAGCCAAAGUAUACGCAAGCACAUGAGUAUAGAAGAGGGCACAGGACAGAUAAUACAUUUACGCAGGAGGAUUUAGACCACAUUAUGAAGUGGUAUACAGCCAUGAGUGGUGCGAAUUAUACGUUUUCUUAUGGGUCAUUUAAUUACGGGCCGAGUGCUUUUCAGCAGACAUUUUAUAGAAGAAGGCAGUCUCCUCAGAUAGAAAUAUCAAAUAGAAUAGCAGUUGUUUUGCUAGUUUUAUUGUUUGUAUACAGUCUUUUAAGAUAGGG